GACGCGGGUCAGCGCAACCAGCGCGCUCUGCAAUAGGAUUAUACCCAGCGGGAGGAGCAGGCUGUCGCAACCCUCUGAACUGGCUAAGGGGGAGAGAGGGAAGGAAACAUCUUUCUCCCUCACUGGAAAGGGAAAUAGAACUGAUUUAUCUGAAACCAUCUCUGUGUAAACUCGGUGUGUUUGAGUUUGUUAACUACACUGUAAAAUUCACUGCACUGGAUAUAAAAAUGACAAAAAACUGGAUCAUAUUUUUGCUGCUGUUCUUACCAGUUACUAUGUUUUUUGCCACUGCUAUACCAUCUGAAGGGCAUCAGAAUAUGACAGAGGACUUCUCUCAGCUAAGUGUUACCCGGAAUAAGAUUAUGACAGCACAAUAUGAAUGCUACCAGAAAAUUAUGCAAGAUCCUAUUCACAGGAAAGAAGGUCCUUACUGUAACAGGACAUGGGAUGGCUGGUUGUGCUGGAGUGAUGUUGCUGCUGGAACAGUGUCAGUACAGCGUUGUCCUGACUACUUUCAGGAUUUCAACCCAUCAGAAAAGGUUACGAAGAUUUGUGAUCCAAGUGGGAAUUGGUUUAGACACCCAGAAAGCAACAGGACGUGGACAAACUAUACCCAGUGUAAUAUCUAUACACAUGAAAAAGUGAAGACUGCUCUGAACUUGUAUUACUUGGCCAUCAUCGGACAUGGUCUUUCAAUUACAUCACUUCUGAUUUCUCUUGGCAUAUUCUUUUAUUUUAAGAGCUUGAGUUGCCAAAGGAUUACCCUGCACAAAAACCUAUUUUUCUCUUUUGUUUGCAACUCGGUUGUAACAAUAAUUUCAUUGACUGCAGUUGCCAACAAUCAGGAGUUGGUUGCAACUAAUCCACUUAGUUGCAAAGUGUCACAGUUCAUCUACCUGUACCUAAUGGGUUGCAACUACUUUUGGAUGCUGUGUGAAGGCAUUUACCUGCACACUCUCAUUGUGGUGGCUGUUUUUGCUGAGAAACAACACUUGAUGUGGUAUUACCUUCUUGGCUGGGGUUUUCCACUGAUCCCUGCCUGCAUACAUGCUGUUGCUAGAAGCUUAUAUUAUAAUGACAAUUGCUGGAUCAGCUCUGAUACUCAUCUGUUGUACAUCAUCCAUGGCCCUAUUUGUGCUGCUCUGCUGGUGAAUCUUUUCUUCCUGCUAAAUAUCGUUCGUGUUCUUAUAACAAAGCUAAAAGACACCCACAAGGCAGAAUCCAACCUGUACAUGAAAGCAGUGAGAGCUACCCUGAUCCUUGUCCCUCUGCUUGGUAUUGAGUUUGUCCUGUUUCCAUGGCGACCAGAAGGCCGAAUUGCUGAGGAAGUGUAUGACUACGUGAUGCACAUCCUUAUGCAUUAUCAGGGUCUACUGGUAGCUACAAUCUUCUGCUUCUUUAAUGGAGAGGUCCAAGCUGUUUUGAGAAGACACUGGAAUCAGUACAAAAUCCAGUUUGAGCACAGUUUUAGCCACUCGGAUGCCAUGCGCACCGCUUCCUAUACUGUAUCGUCCAUCAGCGAUGUUCAAGGCUACAGCUACAAUCAUGACUGCACUAGUGAACAUUUAAAUGGGAAGGGCUACCAUGACAUGGAAAGUGUUGUUUUAAAAACUGAAAAAAUGUAUGGUUGACUGCCAAAGGCUUGGCCUAUGCCACUGUGCUUACCCUCCUGAACUCCAAGUUUGAUUUAAUGACUUCAUGGCCAGAAGAUUUAUCUAACCUGGGAUAUGUUAUUCCCCUGAAUGAUGCAAACUAAACUAACACAUUUUUCAUAUGUAUUUAUAUGUAUGCAUAUAUACAUAUCUUUGGUUUUCUGUGUAUCUUUAUAGUAUGGACAUCUGUACAUAUGUAUAUCUAUAUAUGUAUGUGCAUUUAUAUGAGGAUACAAACUUUGCCUCUUCAGUUUCUACUGUGUAGACAAAGUUGGCAAUUUUUUGUACAAAGGGAAUCAAUGAAGGAUUUUUUUUUCUUGGAAGUCUGUACAAGACUCUGUUGUGUUGAUGCCACUUUACUUGUCUAUAGAAUCCUGGAGUGUAAAUACCAUACUGUAUUGUCUUAUUUCAACCUAAAACACAACAAAAGAAAAUUAUUAAAGUAGGUGCAAUUACAAUAAUAGAUUGUCUAGGUUAAUUUUGUGUCCAGCAUUUGACUGUCAAAAAGCCCAAGAGGUAGUCUGAGAUAACAGAUUCAGACAUUGACCAUUUGGUUUGGUCAAUGAUACUGAAGGUUUGGUUUGGCCAGUUUCUUUUUAUUCCACUAUUUUAAAUCAAGCAUAGAUACACCAGUGUAAAUUUGAGAUUUUACUUACCUCUGUAGUAUUUCACAGCACGCUUUGAGCAGUUUUAUUUAAAACACUUUUGCAUAUACAGGAGUGUCUCCUUGUCAAGUUUAUGGAAAUUUCUUAUUGACUUUAAGGCAGACAAGGUCAAGGAGGCAUUACUGCCAGAAAGGAAAGUAAGUGCAAAUCCUUACAGGCACUAACACAUAACUGAAGCUGAUGGAACUUCACUGUGUGUGUAAGGAAUUUAGUCAACUGGGAAACACUCAUGUAUAUAAUUUGUUCUAGUCAGGUUGUUGUUUUGCUUUUAAGUGUUUCCCUGGCCAUAUGCUUGGUAUCAUAUUCCUUCAUUGUUGGGGCAAAGUUUUGAUCAGUUUUGUGGUGGCUUUUUGUCUGGGAAAAAAAUCCUGCAAAACUGAAUGCAGUGCAAAUGUCAUAUGACCUUUAAAGCCAGUGUAUGAGAUUCAGGCUAAUCAAGCAACCUAAUGAUAGUAAUGGUCAUUAUUUGGAAAACCCAGAAUGCUUGAUUCUGAAUCUCUGUUAGUAGCUUUGAACAGUACUUACAAGUUUUUUGUUGGUUCUGGUGGGAAAUAAAGAUCACACUGAAAAUGAAGUUAUCAGGAAACACUUGAGAAAAUGUGUCUUUAUAGUGAUCUAUGUUUUUGUAAAUCUUUGUUUUAAAGAAAUUGUAGUUUUCUUAAGUGAAAUGACGAAAAUGCUCAAGAAUGAGGGCAUGAUGUGAGGUUAGAAAAGUCUUACUGAAAAUCAAUAAGGUAGAAAAAGGUUUUAUUAGUUUAUUUUGCAGAUAAAUCUACUUCAGAUGGGGAAAAACCAAAACACAGUAGAAGAAAAGUAGUGCUGGAGUUAACAGACAAUUAUGCUAAUUAAUGUAUAUCUAUCUUGUGCAUGUAAGCCAGUCAAAAGAAUAAAAGAUAGUUCUUUCUGACACCACUACAGUUUUAAAUACCUGCUUGUGUAUAUGAACAACUUGACUUUUCACAUUUAAUCAUUUUUGUCAUUAGCCUUUCUAUAAGCUUCAUUAGCAUCUAGUUAUUUUGUUGUCACAGUGUUCUUCAGUUUGUAACUUCAUAUAGCUUCAAAUGCUUUGUAUUGAGAAGAAAACAUUAGAAGGAUGCAGUAAGUUCAUGCCACUUGCACCUUUCCGUAGUUUUUUACAGUUCUUAUGUCUGGAGUUUGAAUCUAGAAUUUUAUUAAUUAUUUAGUUUCAUAAUACAGAAUCUCAGCUAGGAUGCAUGGAUCAAGAUUUCUGUUCUUCUGCAGGGCUGUUGAUUGCUGAAAGUUAUUUGAAAAUUGGUAGGAUUCUGUACUUUCGUGUGAAAUAUGGCAGUCAGAUGUCACAAUCUCUUAAAUUGUAAGAAUACAGUAACAGGAUCUGCUACAACAUGAUAUUUACAACUGUGCUUGCUGAUCUAUGUAUUUAAGAUGUGUGCAGUGUUCUGGAAAUAUUAGUGGUGUUGCAAAUCCCUGCUCUGGUAGAGCAGCUUGAUACUGGGGGACUAGAUCAUCAACUGGUAUAGAUCUGUCUUGAGUUCCAUUUUCAGAAUCAGUGAGUACCAGCUGAGGAUCAAAACCCAGGCAGACAUCUGUCCAUUUAAAAGUGCUUUGAAGUAUUUUAUGUCAUCUUAUCAGGCAGUUAUUUCGUGGUACCUCGUGGGUUGUUGUAGUGUAUGCAGCACCUUAUAGAGCGUGAUACAAUAUUAGAUUUUGAAUUAAGCUUCCUUCUCAGCUAGUUCAAAUUUAAUAGCCUAUAAUUUUUUUUUUCAUAUGAUGCAAAGUACUAGUUGGUAAUUGCUCCCUGUCCUCUGUUACUGAAACUUGUAAUGGUAAUUUAGGAGGGAAAAUUGUUCUACAGAAAUCAUCCUACUUCUAGCUGGACAGUUGCAGCAUGCUCCUGUGCAUGCCUGCACUUUGUAAAUUAAGUACACAUACAGCUGGAUGUGCAAGAAAAUGUAGCUGUGGAGGGUUGCAUGGCAUAGGAGAGCUAUGUUUUCCCCUUUCUCAGGAGGUUAGCUGAUCUAUUUCCUAUUUUGCAUUGGAAAACAUAAAUUCCCUAUUUUGCCUUCCUACUUUACCUUUUUCAGUUCCUACACAAUCAAGAGAAGGGUCUGCUUCUUAAAAUGUUUCUCUGUCAUCAUAAAUUAAAAUCAAAUCCUUAUGCUGAUUUCUUUUUGCUUAUUUUCUACUUUACAAAAUGUUGUAGUCCUUAUCUGUGUGCUCUGGGAUGGAUAUAGACUUUUUUGCUGGGGCUGUGAGAUUUCUUUGAACAUGUAUUAUUUGCUUUGGGGUUUUUCCCUUUUUUUUUUGUUUGGUUUAGGUUUUUUUUUGUUUGGGUUUUUUGUUGUUGUUGUUUAGUGAGGAUUUGUUACAUCAGUCUACAGGGGCUACAGAAAUACUUGCCUUUGGUCUCUAUCUCUAAUACCAACAUGUUAGUAUUCUGUGAGUGGGAAUGUCUAUUUUUAAUGCUACUGUCUUCAAUUAAUAAAACACUCCAUUGCAGGAUCCUCUCAGCUGUUUGAUUUUUAAUGUUAGCAUUUAUGCUAUGAGAUGAUCUACUAGAGUAUUUGGCUGUAGAAAUGCUGCGACACAUACUCCUUUUCAUUUCAUAAAACAUUUGGGCUGGAAACCAAGCAACAUUCAAGUAUCGUGCUAUGUAAAUAAGAUUAAUAGAAGCUACAGCAUUGUAUUUAUUGCUUACACUAAGAAUGACAUUGAAAAAAUGUGAAGUUAUUUUUUGGUUGUGCUUUGUUUUCAUUUUGUUCAUAUGAAUCAUCAUGCAUUGUAAUUGCUGAACGAAGUAUUAUUAUGUUUGUGAUCAAUAAAAUAUUACUACA